AUGCUGCCCACCUCGGAUACGCAAUUCAAAACUUGGGCAACGGAACGACAAGGGCAGCAGGGCGACGUCUCGCACAGAUGUUCUGUCCAUCUUCAAGGCCAAGAUCAACGUCGGUCUUACCCUCGUCCGCAUUCGGUUUCGUUGGUCUACGAUUCGUCCGUUCAACACGAGCUCCCCUUCUCUCAGCCAAAUUACCAUCCAUCCCACCUCGGAUAUCCGGAGUCUUCUCAGCGUACGGCAUUCCAAAUCGAACCUCCGCCCGACUUUGGUGCUCAACCAAAUGUUCCGGUGGUGGGGGACGUCGACUCAGAGUCACCGCCAUCUUUACCUUAUCCUACUUCCCAGCACGGCUACACCCCACGAUUCAUGUCUCCGGAUGCGACAGUAGAAACUCAAGACAUGACUGUUGAUGGCACUGGAUCGAUGUGGCCAUCUCACUCCGGUACCAGUGCAUACCCUGCUCCGCUUCCUCAAGGGGUAGUAGUUCACCAUAGCGAAGCGAUUCAGUUCGAUCGCUCCUCAUCUCGGACUGGUACCGAGGCGAGUGUAAAAUGGCAGCAUCAGCCAUCGAAUACGUGUUACGAUGUGUUAUACGUGCAGCACGCUCUUGCUGAUGCUAGCCCCAGAGAGGCUUCCAUUCCCAUGAGGGAAGAGACGUCGUUUAUUGUCCAAACACUGAGUGGGGUCACCGACCGACCAUUGACCUACCCUCAUGGGCAAAUUCCACGAACUCUUUCCGCCACAGCUCUAGAACAUGCACUCGAUGAGUGUGACCCGGGGUCUGAAUUCGAUAACCAAUCCCAUUCAUAUCAAGAUAUUCCCCAGCACGAUACUGGGUCCACAGUCGAACACACCGUCGGAAUAGUGAAAAAGAAGAAGAAGUCGAAGAUGCACAAGUGCGAUAUCUGCGAUAAGCUCUUCCCUAGGCCGAGCGGUCUCAAAACGCAUAUGAAUACCCAUAAUAACGUUAAACCGUUCGCUUGCGAAUAUCCGGGUUGCAAUCGCUCAUUCACAGUUCGCUCCAAUGCGAGGCGCCACCUUCGGACUCACGGGGUUAUUCCUGACCCCGCCACUCCCAGUGGACCCGACUAUGUUGUCAACUUUGAUACACCGGUGAUCCCUGAAUCGCAAGGCCAUCAAUUCCAGACUGUUCCCCAGAAAAUUAAGUGGAUGCCCCCUAGCCUCAGCCCGUUCAACAACGUAGCCUCCUUGAGAUCUGUUUCGGAAAACGAGGAUUCUGAGUCAGAUUUCGAUGAACUUGAAGAUGAUUCUGUUAUUCAACAGGGCGUAGAGCGAUUGACGAUGCCUCUGACUUCAGUAAGUCCCUUUCAGGCCGGCGAGGCUAGUGGGCACUACGGCGAAGAGAGAGAUUCGUACUCUGAGGUCGGAGCUUAUCCAUACCAUCCAUCACAGUUUCGAAUUUUACCUGGACCCUCACCUCUUCCUCGUAACCUUGUCGCUGUUGUUUAA